UGUCGCAUAGAACACUCAUUUACACAAGUCACACACACACACAGACAAAACCCGUUCUUGUUAGUUAUUUCCUUUUUUUGUUUGUUCUUUUUCGUUUUCGCAGUUUAAAGAUGAGCCAGAUGAGGGUAUAUUUGUUCCGAAAACUCCUGGCUCCUGCUGGUAAACUACAGGAGGAGGUGGCCGAGGAGGCCAUAUCGGAGGUCAUAGACCAGGUCCUUGGAGGAAGGACCAGCACGGUUUUCAACUGCGGUGGUCUUCAAUUGGCUUGUGAUCCCGCGGACAUGGUUACCCGCAUCCUGGGCGAACUCUUCGCCAGCGUUUACUCCAUGGAGGUCAAUAUGGAGGUGCACGUUUCGGUGCGACAUGUUCAGUUGAGCGGCGAUUCGGAGGAACUGAUGGCCAAUCUCAAGGGAAUCUCCAGUGGAGGGGCCAGCCGGGAUCACUUUGUGGCCACGCCCCGCCAGGUUUAUGCCUACAUCGAAAGGGUAAUGAGUGAUAAAUCAAAGGAUUGCCCGCACCUCAUCUUCACCGUGUACGUGAGACAGACGAAUGGCGAAGAGUCUUGGAAGUGUUGUGGCAAGCUGCAACUCGUGCAUCUGAAGAAACUUUCGGAGAACUCACCAACUCUACAAUCGGACUCCCCACUGGACGCCUUGGUGACUCUUUUCCAGGCUUUGGCCCACAAUCCCAAGACUCACAUCAGGUACCAUAACAUACGGCUGAGCAGAGUGCUGCAACAGUUAAUGGGCUGCGGCGCAAGAACUGUGCUUAUAAGCUACACAAAUCCGCCGGAGGUAAGGAAUGCCCAGCUGGUGACCCCCGCACCCAGUUCCCCACCCAUUACCAGCAUGCCAGCCAAAGUCUGGUGGGGAUUGUUCAGGCUGGAGCGCAAAAGGUACUGCUGUCUGAGGGACAAGGUAUUGGGCAUGCUGGCGGAGCAGGAGAAGGAUGAACUGGAGAAGUUUCUGGAGCGCCUGGAGAACAGUUCGGAGGAGGAGGAAAUGAAACAGGAGUCCUGCUUGAUGCUGCAAAAAAUGCAGCAGAUUCGCUCAGAGGCGGAGAUGUCGAUUGAAAAGUUGGAGGACUUACAACUAAGCAUAAAUCAGCUGGCCCAGAGAAACCAACACUUGGAGCUGCAUCUCAGCCAGAAGAAUAGUGAGCUGGACAGGCAAAGCCUACUACUAAGCUCCGCACAUAUGCAACUAGCAGAUCAGCAGCGGAAGUUCCAGGAGAAGAUGACCGAGUACUCCGACCUCUUCCAAGAAUUGUGGCAGCGGCAGAGCUUGGUCAGCCAGAAGCAGGAGGAACUACAGCGACGGCAGUUGUCCCAAUUGUUCGACACCAUCUGCCGGGAUACCCAGCGAUGGCGGCAUAGGAAAUUGGGCGAAGAAGCAGUCGCGGAAGAGCCCAGUGGGAGACCGUAGUCAUCUCGGCUCUGCAGUGAAGAGGCAGCAAAGACGCUUAAAGGUCAGCCAGUCAGCUAGUCAGAUCUUCCGGACCAGUCACGAACCAUUCGCAGCCCCAUCUCACACAUUCCCCAGCGCAAACAGCGCAUCUGGCUGUGCCACUUUGCCAUUUAACCGUUUAUCCAUUUAGCUGCCGCGAUGGAAACGAAGCAAACCGAUGACUGCCGGCAAGUUCGUUGCCUAAGUCUUUCCUUUUCGCCCGCUGUGUUUCAGCAGUGAAAUUUGCAAGGGCGGCUGCCAAUGAAAUGUUAAGAAGAAGUCGCCUGGGCUGAGCAGUUGAAACUAUGUUCUUCCAGCUCUCUACUCUGCCUAUGACAGUAUAUCAAGCAAUAAAUUUGGCCAUUUAUUUUAGGAUAUCAAAUUUAAAACAAGUUUUUCUUUUUUCAAUUUUAGUUAUUACUGCCUGAAUAAGUUAGAUUUACUAUGGAACAAGUAAAACUAUUUAUAAAACAAAAAUAAUUUUUUAAAAUCUCUAUAAAUUUCGGUAUUAACGUUUAUAACAAAAUUUCAGUCAUAUUUUCUCCAUAAAACAAAAAUAUGUGAAAAAUAAAGAAGCUUAUAAUUAAGAA